AUAAUUUUUUUAACUUUAAGAAAAAACGACCCCAUGGAAUAGCAAGAUCAAAGUUACCUACUAUACUACAUUUAUCGCUUUUUAUACUAUAUUCCGAUAACCAAUGGAUCGUAACUAAUUUUACUUUUUGUUGAAUGUUCUAUAUUAAGUUUUUAUUUGCACUAAAAAUGAUGUGUAAGAAAACUUAUGCAGUAGUGCUCAAUUUAAUUCUAUAAAAUGUACCAGUUACGAUAAAAUAAAAACAACAAAACCAUAGAAUUAAUUCAUAGAUCUGAUAUCUGUCAGUAGCGAUAUUAUUGAACUUAUGAUACAUUUCCCUCAGUAACCACGUGUGUUUAUUUGAUUAUGAGGUUAUCUUUGUAAACUUGCUAAAAGCAUAGUUAUAUUAAGUGAGAUUGAGAGUGAGUAUUGGAUUUUGAGCUCAAAUGGCUACAUCCUUGGCAGACCAACUUCAACGUUUGAAUGUCCUAGAGACAUCGGUAUUAAGAGAUAAUAAACGACCAUCUCUACUUUUUAACCCAAAAGAAGCUGCUACUCUUUCCAAGGAGACAGUAUAUCAAAUUGGCUUAGAAGGAUUGGAGGAAUUGAUCCAAAAGAAUGAAGUAUUCUCACAGUUCAAACAUACCUUAUUCCAUGAAAAGUCUAAGAGUUUUGAAAGAUCAGUACAAACUACUGAAAUUAAUGAAAAGCUGAAUAAAUCUUUGAGACGGAUGCUUUUAUCGAUGUCUCCGUAUUUUCUGUUUAACUGCUCUCAUAAAGUAUUAGAAUGGUUAAUAUGUAUAUUUUCUAUACAUGAUCUUAGAGAUGAUUUACUCAUGUUAUGUUUACCAUAUCAUGAAUCAACUAUGUUUGUUAGAGUCUUACAAUUGGUCAAAUUUGAAGACAAAAAUGACAGUUUUUAUUUUUUUAAACAAUCUCUUCUGAAUCAUGCUGCUUCAGAUAUCGGAUUUUUAAAGUAUGUGACUUUGUACCUAAAAGAUUUGCUUAAGGUUCAUAGCAAACAUGAAUUACUAUCUGUAGCAAUAAAUUUUUUUUGCAUAGUAUUUACUGGAACUUUAGAAUAUUUAGAUAAUAUAGGUGAAGAUCUUUUGUGUCAAAUGCUUCCAUUAAUAAUAAAAGGUUUGAAUUCCACAACUGCAGAUUUCUAUGCAGCGAGUUUAGUUGUAACAGUCAGACUAGUAACUAAAACCACUUUAUCAGAUCAUCUUAUAGACAAACUCGUUGAAAAAAUAUCAGAAUUUUCAGUUUCCAAUUUAAAAAAAGAAGCAUCUUUAGUUCUGAAAAUUAUUUAUCAAUCGCAGGAACAUUAUAAAAAUAUACCAUCAACUGCUAUUAAAAAUAUUUUAACUAUUCAGGAACUUCCAAAAAUAUUGGAUAAUUUACAAUCUAAUGGCAAUUCUAUUUAUCCUUUUUUGAAGAGACUUAUCAGUUGUUUCACUCAUGAAGGUGUUAAUAACGAUGAAAAAUUAUCUAGAGAUGUUAUGAAAGCUUGCUUAGAUCUUAUAAAGGUGAAGAAUACAUUUGUUUUUACAAUUUUAAGGUGUAUUUUAGAUGCUGUGAAUACAAAAUUGCAAAUUUCUCCUGAAGCUCAAAAUUGGUUAAUAGAAAUUUGAACUUUUCGAAAAACUGUAUCAUCCAAAUCCUGCUAUAAGGGGUGAAGCAAUAAAAUUAUUAUGCAAAUUACGUUGCUGAACUUCGAGAAGGCGUUUUUAAAACGAAUUACACGUCGAGAAACGUUUAUUCAAUACAUUGACAAAACAGAAUCUGAAUUUAUUACAGGUUUACAAUAUUUAUAUUUUUUACAAAGUGCCUCGUCGGCGUUAUACAAUAAAGCUUAAUAAACAAUGUUCAUUGACGUAACUCCUCCACCCUAAGAGAGAACUAUGGGGAUGGACCAGAGUUCGGGAUUAGAGGAAAAUUUUUCAAAACAUCUUCUUCGCUUGUUGUCUCCCUUUCGGGUUGGUUCUUCUUUCUUCUUAUUCUAAUUAUUAGCUAUAUAACGCAGGCUGUAACUAUAAGAUAUAAUAAAAUUGAAUAAAAACUUAUACUUUGAAAAUGAAUGGGUAACGAGUUUAUCUUCUCAGCUGACUUUUUAUCUUCUUGAAUAGCACUCAUGACAUUGUUCAUUUCGUUAAGAUCGAUUGAAUCCAAAUGCACAGGUUUCAGGUUAGCACUAUCUGGAGUAAAAUUUUUUGUAUGAAUAUGUAAUUUGGGUAAAUCAUUGUUUUUAUAUUUAGGCACUCUGGAUUUAAGUUUUUAGAUGAAAAUUGUUUAUUAAAAUAUCACAUUCGUUGUUAAGUUCGAUUAGAUAACUACCGUUCACAAGAAAGUUUGUAAUGUCUUUGUUGCAGUUUUGUUUGACUAUAACGCUAUACGGGGUAAUCACAAUGCAAUGGUCGGUUUCUAAUUUCUGAAUUUUGACUUCACUAAUGGUAGACUGGAUAUCUCGGCAACUAUAGGUAGAUUGAGAGUAUUAUAAUAACUGGAUUUCGCAAGGAUGAAUUCUUCUUUAAUUAUUUCUUGACAUUUAGAGUUCGUAGAGGCAUAGUUUUGCUCAUUUAAAAGGAGAAAUUUGGAUUGGGGUAGUAUGAGUUUGAAAUUUUGGUUUGAAGGUGUAGGUAAGGGGUAAAGGUGAUAGUAAUAUUCAAGAAACUCUACAAUCGGUACUUCUAAUAUAAAGGUAAUACUAUUAUAUUUAUUGUAACUUUUAACUUUGAUAAUUUUUUCAUAUAAUAAAAUAUUAUUCAACGAUGUUUCAAAUAGAAACUUGUUAUUUUUCUUAACUGAUAUUAUCUCUGAAAGUAUUUCAUUUGGAUUUGCUAUAGAAUUGUGGAAAGUAUUCAUUUUUGCGAAGCUUAUAGCCACUUCUAUUCUGUCGAGUAUGUCAUAAAUGAUUUGAAAACUGGUCGAAAAUUGGAAAAUAAUUUGUUCAAUUGAAAAGAAAUG